AUUGAACUGAUAUCACAAUUCACGGGAUGGAACUGCUAUCGCUAUUCAUAGAGUGAACUGCUAUUUACAAAAAGUGAUCGCAGUGAAAAAAUCAAAAUAGUGAAAUAUCACUCAUCACUAGUUAUUUGUUGUUCGAGAUUUUGACUCUAUUAAUUGUCGCGCAAAAGCGAUUGUUUUUCAAAGCGGUACUAUUACGCCCGUUACAUAAAAAUUUAGUAUAUUCUGUAUAUAAAAACAAAUUGAACUAUGAUUCCUGUAUGGCAAAUGAUGUUGGGUGUUUGUGUAGGCCUGGUUGCAUUUUUACUUGUGCGUCCACCACAGGUUGGCUAUCAUCAAGAAAGACGCCGAAAAAGUACAAGCUCUGCAGAUGGAUAUACACCAAGAUUUAAUUCAUCUCCCGGAGAUGCUUGUGCCAUUUGUCUUUUGGAAUUGGAGAAUGAUAAUAUGACAUAUCUGCGAUGCGGCCACGCUUUGCACGAUUCUUGCAUCAAACAAUGCAAGCAGCAUACAGAAUAUUGUCCACUUUGUCGCGAACGCAUGUGAGAGUUUUUUAAUGUUAUACAUAUCUGUUAACAUUUUUCUUUUCGUACUCCAUCACACAAUUUCCAUUUGCGAAGUAUAAUGAUUUAAGGGUGGAUUUAUGAAGAA